AUGUUCGCGUGUCCCAAAUCGUCCUGUUUCUUGUUUACCAUUUACCGUUGGAGGCCCUUCCCCGGAUUUUCAGCAUUCUUUAAAGUUUCGCAGAUUAUGAUCCUCCGCCCCACAUUGUUAAUCUCGGCAUCCCCGCAGUCUUACUCUUCCGUUCUUCACCACCAAUCGCGUCCCUAUGACGUCAAAGAGGUUUAG